GUCACUUGCAGUAGGACAGCUAAGCUGAACAGGAAGGCAGAGAAACAGCAAAGCCAUGUCUGCUGUCCAAAGACGUAGGAAGGCUUACUACCAGAGAAGGAGGCAGAAGAGAUCCCGGAAGAUCCUGAGCAGACGAAGGCGGCUACAUUCCAGGCGAAAGAAGAAAGCGAGGACAAGACGCAUAGUGAGGUAUGCAAGGAGUCAGUAUCAAAAGAGGCGCCAGCCCAUGUCCCGGUAUUUCGACAGGCGGAUGAGGGCCAACGUCCUUUCAGCCCACAAGGCCAAGCACACCAUGUGCUCCCAGAGGAGUAAAGCCUAUAGCAGGAAGCCCUCACGGAUGGGCAGGCCAAGGAAUAAGAAGCAUUACACUCGGACUCGCUCGGGCCUUCUGCACGCCAAACUAAAGAAGAGGGCUGCGAUCAAGGCUAAACUCAAGAAGGCCCUCAAGAAACAUGCUAGGCGUACAGGUACUUCUGCUCUGAAGAAAGCCCAAAGAAAGCCACGUCGAACUGAGAACGAUAUUUUCUACAGUUUGGCCAACCCUUCCAUGCCAAAAGCAGCGUCGCCAUCAGAGGACCGGCAGACAAAGAAACAGUCUGUCCGCUUCACCACCCCUGGCAACCCAAAGAACAAGGAGAUGGAGCAACAGGAAGAUCUCUCCACUGAUAACCAAUCAAGCCAGCAAACAGUGACACCCAAGAAACGUGGCCGGCAUGCAGGCACGUCUGUUUGCAAAAGCCGCUAAGCUAGAGGAACACCCACCACUCUUCUCGGAACAACAACCUGCAGGCCUCAAGGGGGGAAUUGGAGAAGGGAAAGGGAAAUUACCCCCCAGCCUGCUUUGAAGAUCCCAGUAUAAAGAUCCUUUAUACUUUAUCCUUGAGGAGACCAUCUGCACCCACAGCAAUCCGAAACAGAAGUGAUUUUGCUGAACAAAUGAAAUUAGUUUUAUCAAUGUCUGAAAAAAGAUAUUUGAUCUUUUGCAUGUUUUACGGGCAAGACAACCAACCAGAAGAAGCAAUCCCGUGAGAGAACAUUUCUUUCUUUAUUAACAAGAGAUGAACAAUCACUUUAACCAAAAACUAGAGAAAAGAUUUGUCAUCAUUUGGUAAACAAAGGAUCGUUGUAUCCAAGGUGUGCAUUCCCCCAAGGAACAUCUUAAAAUUCUAAUAAAGCUGGAUCUUUU